AUAUGAACCUGACCGAGCCUUCUUUCACUGCAAAGCCUUCCCUUCCGACAAGCACACAGGCUUCUCCGGGACAAGGAGAAGAAACCUAAAUAAACUCUGGAUAGACUUUUCCCUCAGACUCUACGAAGCUGUGCCAUAAAGCGACGCGGAAGAGGGAAACAUACCGCAUUGCUUGGCUUCUAAAGCGAACCAAGAGUUAGCCUCCUCUUUUAAAAGGACUUUACUAGAAGAGAAAAACUACAAGAAGACGUUACUUUUUAUCCCGAAACGCGAGGCGACUGGCUCGUAAGGAGAGGAAGUGUGUCCCAUCAUUUUUAAAAGAGGAAGGCAAGCAAUAAAGACUCACCGCCAUGGAUUCUGGAAAGCAAAUUACCUUCCCUUUGUUGAUGUGCGUGGGGACCGCCGUGAUCGGCUCCCUGCAGUUCGGAUACAACACAGGCGUCAUCAAUGCGCCUCAAAAGAUCAUCGAGAAAUUCAUCAAUGACACGUGGCGGACGCGCUACAACGAACCCAUCACAGACAACGGACUCAAAGCCAUCUGGUCUGUUGCCGUCUCCAUCUUCUCUGUUGGUGGCAUCUUUGGCUCCUUCUCGGUUGGGUUCUUCGUCAACCGCUAUGGAAGGAGAAACGCCAUGCUCAUGGCCAACGUCCUGGCCUUGAUCUCCUCCGCCCUAAUGGGCUUUUCCAAACUGGCUUCCUCCUUUGAAAUGCUCAUCAUAGGUCGCUUCGUAGUAGGCUUCUACUCGGGCCUCUCCACUGGCUUCGUACCCAUGUAUGUGGGCGAGGUGUCACCGACGUCCUUGCGAGGAGCUCUGGGAACCCUCCACCAGCUGGGCAUCGUUUUGGGCAUCCUCAUUGCUCAGGUGUUUGGAAUGGAGGCCAUUAUGGGCAACACAAACUUGUGGCCGCUUCUCUUGGGUUUCAUCUUCAUCCCAUCAGUGAUGCAGUGCAUCUUGCUGCCGCUCUGCCCCGAAAGCCCCCGCUUCUUGCUCAUCAACAAAAAUGAAGAAAAUAAAGCCAAAAGUGUGCUGAAGAAGCUCAGGGGGACCAAUGAUGUGAGCGCCGACAUGCAGGAAAUGAAAGAGGAGAGCCGUCAGAUGAUGAGGGAGAAGAAGGUGACCAUCCCGGAGCUUUUCCGCUCGCCGAUCUACCGCCAGCCCCUCCUUGUCGCUGUCGUGUUACAGCUCUCCCAGCAGCUGUCGGGCAUCAACGCCGUCUUCUACUACUCCACUAGCAUCUUUGAGAAGGCUGGAGUCGAGCAGCCAGUCUAUGCCACGAUCGGGGCUGGAGUUGUGAACACCGCUUUCACCGUGGUGUCGCUCUUUGUGGUGGAGCGUGCAGGACGCAGGUCCCUCCACCUGUUGGGUUUGUUGGGAAUGGCCGGUUCUGCCCUCCUCAUGACUAUUGCCUUGGCUCUGCUGGAGCAGCUCAAAUGGAUGUCCUACCUGAGCAUCGUGGCCAUUUUUGCCUUUGUGGCCUUCUUUGAAAUCGGGCCGGGUCCCAUUCCCUGGUUCAUUGUAGCCGAGUUGUUCUCUCAGGGACCGAGGCCUUCAGCCAUCGCCGUGGCUGGUUUCUCCAACUGGACCGCCAACUUCAUUGUGGGGAUGGGCUUCCAGUAUAUAGAGGCUGCCUGCGGUGCUUACGUCUUCGUCAUCUUCAUCAUCCUGCUGCUGCUUUUCUUCAUCUUCACCUACUUUAAGGUCCCGGAGACCAAGGGGCGGACUUUUGAUGAGAUUGCUUCCGGCUUCCGCCAGAGCGCCAUGACAGGCGGCGAGAAGCUCUCGCCCGAGGAGCUCAACAGCCUGGGGGCCGACUCUCAGCUCUGAAGGGUCCGCUGUCAAACAAACUCAUUUUGUCACAGUGAGGAGGGAACCGGAGGGAGGGGGCGUUCGCUCACUAGAAGUAGACUGGUCCCAGAGGGAGGGGGUCUACUUUCUAGAAGUAGACAGGUCCUCCCCGUGUAGAAUAAUUUUCACACUGUCACCACAUUUCGGUAGCGUUUACCGUGUGUGAUCCUCCCAACUCUGACGUCUUUUGCUGACCCCCCCGCCCGCCCACAUUGUCCAAUCGCCCCUCGCAUGUCACAUAAAAACGCUUGACAGGCACCGUGUGGCCUAGGAGAUGUUAAAAGGUGAGUCGGAAGGUUUUCAUUAUUUCCGAGAUAUUUUCAAAAUAUUUUUAAGAGGAAAAAGGAGUGCCAUCGCACUGCCGUACCACAUUUUUUUUAUAGAUAACUUUUUCACUGAGUAUAUUUUUAAAAAAAUACUGAAAUGCUCUGACACUGUAGACUCACACUGUAGCUGCUGCACGACCUCUACACUCCGCCAGAUGGCGCACUUUCCCUUGAAAUGCUCCAAAUACGUUACUGACAAUGACUGUUCACUGUUGACACUUGGGUGUGCUUCUUUUUAUAUAGAGAUAUAUUUAUAUUUCUUAUUAAUGUUACUUGGACGAUAUUUUACAUUUUUUAGAACAGUUAUUUAGUUUAUAAUAUGUAACAUUCAUAACAAGGAGUGUUUAGGCCAUGAAAUCAAAUACACCAAGUCAUAGAAUUCAAUUUAAAAGUCAUUUUAAGAGAAUAAAGUCCACAUUUUACAAGAAUAAAAAAAACUUGUAACUUAAUAAUUUAAAAAAUAAUUUACCUAUGCUUAAUAUAGUCAUAUUUUGUAGAAUGAAAUUUACAGGAAUUAAGUCAUUAUUAUUAUUAUU